CUGGUGCACUGAUAACCAUUAUCUACAUAUGUAGCUUCCUAAAGUUGUUAAAAAAUAUGUGAUGCCGUAGGCGAGAGUUUCUCAUUUCACAGCGUAGGCACAGCUCUAAGUAGCAUAUUAGCAUCUCCAAAAAACCUGCAUUUAAUCGAAAACUAAUUCUCGUACCAGAAUGCGUGGGCACCCACGAACACUGUGGAUUGUGGAACAGUGAAGUUUCUGAUCGUCAUUUCCCACUAUAGAGAUCCAAGUGGUGGACCGUCGACAUAUUUAUUUAUGUGUAUAUAUACUAUGAAAGACAUGUAAGCGAUAUAAUAAGCUAUUCUUAAUACCCAACACCAACAAAAAAAAACUCACCAUGGUUCAUGCUGAUGGUCAUACUUCUCCCGGGUCGGAUCCAAACCCAAAUCAUAUGAACAAAUUUGCUUGCGGCUGUGCCAUUGUUGCUUCCAUCAUUUCCAUCAUCUUUGGAUAUGAUACGGGAGUUAUGAGCGGAGCUCAGAUAUUUAUAAGAAAGGAUCUAAAAAUAAACGACACCCAAAUCGAAGUCUUGGCCGGAAUCUUGAAUCUCUGUGCUCUCGUCGGAUCACUAACGGCGGGAAAAACUUCUGACGUCAUCGGUCGACGUUACACGAUUGCUCUCUCCGCCGUGAUAUUCUUAGUGGGCUCGGUUCUUAUGGGUUACAGCCCAAACUACGCUGUUUUGAUGGUCGGAAGAUGUAUAGCCGGAGUUGGUGUAGGGUUUGCUCUCAUGAUAGCUCCGGUUUACUCUGCCGAGAUAUCCUCUGCUUCACACCGAGGCUUUCUCACUUCUUUACCCGAGCUUUGUAUUAGUCUCGGGAUUUUACUUGGCUAUGUCUCGAACUACUGUUUUGGGAAACUGACUUUGAAGCUCGGAUGGAGAUUGAUGCUUGGGAUCGCAGCUUUCCCUUCUUUGAUAUUGGCUUUUGGGAUUACGAAAAUGCCCGAGUCUCCGAGGUGGCUUGUGAUGCAAGGUAGGUUAGAAGAGGCAGAGAAAAUAAUGGUUUUGGUAUCCAACACCCAAGAAGAAGCCGAAGAACGGUUCAGGGAUAUACUAAUCGCGGCGGAAAUAGAGGAAGAGACAGCGGUGAAAGCAGUUGGCGGCGGGGUUACGAAGAAUCACGGGAAAAGUGUGUGGAGGGAGUUGGUAAUAAAACCGCGACCUGCGGUGCGUUUGAUAUUGAUCGCGGCCGUGGGAAUACACUUUUUCGAGCAUGCCACGGGGAUCGAGGCCGUCGUGUUGUACAGUCCGAGGAUUUUCAAGAAAGCCGGAGUAGUUUCCAAAGACAAGCUCUUACUAGCCACGGUCGGUGUAGGUGUAACUAAGGCCAUUUUCAUAAUAAUAGCUACUUUCUUGCUAGACAAGGUAGGUCGGAGAAAGCUUCUGUUGACAAGCACGGGUGGGAUGGUCUUCGCACUGACCAGUUUAGCGGUUAGUCUCACGAUGGUUCCGCGGUUUGGGCGGUUAGCGUGGGCAUUGAGUUUAAGCAUCGUGUCUACAUAUGCAUUUGUAGCGUUUUUCUCCAUCGGGGUUGGGCCUAUCACGUGGGUGUACAGCUCCGAGAUAUUCCCGUUGAGACUUAGGGCUCAGGGAGCGAGUAUAGGCGUUGCGGUUAAUAGGAUCAUGAAUGCGACGGUCUCAAUGAGUUUUCUAUCGAUGACGAAGGCGAUCACGACAGGCGGCGUGUUCUUCGUGUUUGCCGGAAUAGCGGUGGCGGCAUGGUGGUUCUUCUUUUUUAUGUUGCCGGAGACGAAAGGAGUGCCAUUGGAGGAGAUGGAGAAGCUUUUUGGUGGUGGGGGUCCUCGUGGUGAUCGCGAUGGACUAGAGAUUCAAACUAAGAGAGUCAAUAAUUAGGUUAGAUUUAUUACAGAUACGUAGCUAUAUUAUAGAAUAAUUUGGCAUAUUUGUUUUUGUAGUCCAACGUGAUUUGGCAUAUCUAUUAUAAUAUGUGUUUUUGUAAGGAUGAUACCGAUAAUCAUUGAAUACAAAUAUUUCAUAUUAUUCCCGAAA